UCAGGCAAAGAUUACGUAUGUCAUAGUACGUACAGUGUGCGCAGUAAGUGUUAAGAAGGGGAAUGUCGGGUUGUGAAUGAUCGGUUUCUGAGCGGCAGUGAACGUCAACAUUAUGGCUCAACAGAAAAAUCUGGAGGGAUAUGUGGGCUUUGCUAGCCUCCCUAACCAAGUGUACAGAAAGUCUGUGAAGAGAGGCUUUGAGUUCACCCUAAUGGUUGUGGGUGAAUCAGGAUUGGGCAAGUCCACCUUGAUCAAUUCUCUGUUCCUAACUGACUUGUACUCUUCAGAAUACCCUGGGCCUUCACACAGAGUCAAAAAGACUGUACAGGUGGAGCAGUCCAAAGUUUUAGUAAAGGAAGGGGGUGUCCAGCUUCUGCUCACAAUAGUUGACACCCCGGGAUUUGGCGAUGCUGUUGAUAACAGCAACUGCUGGCAGCCCGUCAUUGACCACAUAGACAGCAAGUUUGAGGAUUACCUCAACUCUGAGUCGCGGGUGAACAGGCGACAGAUGCCUGACAGCAGAGUGCAUUGCUGCCUGUACUUCAUCGCUCCCUCAGGACAUGGACUGAAGCCUUUGGAUAUUGAGUUUAUGAAACGGUUGCAUGAGAAGGUGAACGUCAUUCCGCUGAUUGCUAAAGCCGACACUCUGACCCCAGAGGAGUGCCAACAGUUCAAGAAGCAGAUCAUGCGGGAAAUCCUGGAGCACAAAAUCAAGAUCUAUGAGUUCCCAGAGACUGACGAUGAGGAAGAGAACAAGCUGGUAAAGAAGAUAAAGGACCGCCUGCCCCUGGCCGUUGUGGGCAGCAAUACUAUCAUCGAGGUGAACGGCAAGAGGACCAGAGGGAGACAGUACCCAUGGGGAGUGGCAGAGGUUGAAAACGGAGACCAUUGCGAUUUCACCAUCUUAAGAGACAUGCUCAUCAGAACACACAUGCAGGACCUGAAGGACGUGACCAACAACGUCCACUAUGAGAACUACCGCAGCAGGAAGCUGGCCGCGGUCACCUACAACGGAGUGGACAACAACAGGACCAAAGGUCAACUGUCAACUAAAAAUGACACAGGUGAAGGCAUGAGCCCCCUGGCUCAGAUGGAGGAGGAGAGGAGAGAGCAUGUGACCAAGAUGAAGAAGAUGGAGAUGGAGAUGGAACAGGUGUUCGAAAUGAAGGUCAAGGAGAAGAUCCAGAAGCUGAGAGAUUCCGAGGCUGAGCUCUCGAGGCGUCAUGAGCAGAUGAAGAAGAAUCUGGAGGCUCAGCAUAAGGAGCUAGAGGAGAAGAGACGCCAGUUUGAGGAAGACCGGGCCAACUGGGAGGCCAAUCAGCGCCUGGAGCAACAGAAACUGGAUGCAUCCAGGACCCUGGAAAAGAACAAAAAGAAGGGCAAGAUCUUUUAGAGGCAGUCUGCAGAGAUACCAAGUUGUACUUGUUGCCAAUGUUGCCAGCUAGGACAUCAGUGUGUGGCACCAAACUAGCACCACAGCUCUGGUAGAGCCCAGCUGAGUCUGCAUGUACUGUCAUAAUGACCGGAAGAGAGAUGCCUGGGUACCUCUUCAAGGAAUGUGUUUACCUUAAUGAAACUUACAGUCUUAGACAGGCCAAACCUAUAUAUUAUUGAAUACUGUGCUCCCCUCUACCCCACCAAUGUUGCAAUGUUUAACAACUGACUUCUACAGUUUUAUGCAGGGCAAAAAAAAACUGUUUUACAAUCAUGUUUCAGUGGUUUUAAUUGUUUAAAGAAACAAAGUGUAACCAAUCAGCUCUCCUAUGGUGUUAAAAAAGGAAAUGGCAUUAAAUCCUUUUGUUUAAGAAACAGUAACAGAUUAACCUCAUUCAGCAUUCACAUGUUGGUUGGAACUAGGAAUACAGAAAUUUCCCAUUUGCUUAUUUGGUGAAUGUGGCACAUUAGCAUUAUCUACUGCUAAAUGUCUGAGUUUAUUACCAACCAGCAUGUGAAUGCAACAAUAAACAGCAUUUACCAAGACAGUCCUAUUCUAUUUUUUUGUACCAAUCAGUUCUGAAAAAAACUGUAAAGAUGUGAUGUGAUUGGUCAAAAGGCCAAUUAGCAAAAACUAGAUGUAUCAGAAUUGAGCUGCCAGUGUAAUUGCAGCCAUACUGAACAGCACCCCAUGCGAUGUAGCCUAAUACGAAACAACUGUCUCUGUCUCUUUGACGUUGUCAACUGGAGAAAUGGGAAAUCGAGAGGCUUAAAUGCACAUUUGGCUUUUUUUGGCUAAAACCUUUUCCAAAAUGUAACGCUUUCUUCUGUGUUUAGCAAUUUUCACUAGCUUUGGACCACCAUUUAUAACUUCAUAAAUGUUAUAUUUCAGUUAGUUUAUUUUUAUAUAUACCGAGCCAGCUAAAGUAAUACUUUUUUGUAUGUUAAAGAAUUCUGAUGUUCGGACCAGUUUCUGAAGAUGAUUGACUGUUUCAAAUUCAGUAGUCGGUGUACAAAGAGCAAACAAAAUGUUUCUCUAACUCCAGAUGAGAUCAGAUUUACAUUUUAGUCAUUUAGCAGACACUUACCCGGAGUUUAUUACAGGAGCAGUUUGGGUUGAGUGCCUUGUUCAUGGGCACAUUGACAGAUUUUUCACCUUGUUGGCUAGGAAUUGAACCAGCGAUCUUUCGGUUACUGGUCCUACUCUAAACUAGGCUAACUGCCUGGAAAUGGAAGUCAACACCACAUUUUGCUUUGGCUAUGUACUCCAUCUGUAUCUUUUAAUUUUAUUUUGUAUUUGUAUUGUACAAAGUCACUUAAUAAACAUGUGAUGAUA